AUGCAGUCCUAUCUUCCAUCUACCCCCUAUCCGCCCUCCGGCAACGGCUACUGGGACCCUGUGACAUCCACGCUGAAUUGGUGCGAGGAGGCAAGCAAGAAACUCACCCAAGACUACUAUGCCACCAUCUACUCGGCGGAACUCGUCAACUCCCUAACGAACCUGGCAUUCGUCUAUCUCGCGUACAAAGGCAUAUCAAGCUGCCUCCGCAAUGGCCAUGAUACAGUAUUCCUGCUCGGCUUCGUCAGUUACCUAGUUAUUGGCUUGGGGAGUUUCUGUUUCCACUCGACGUUGAAAUACAACAUGCAACUCCUCGACGAGCUGGCCAUGAUCUACACGACAUGCAUCAUGUUCUACGCAGUUUUCUCCCACAGACAGUCGAAGCAGAUGUCGAUACUGAUCGCCUUGCUCGCUGUUGGCAUCGGAGCAUUCGUCACAGCCUACUAUAUGUACAUCAAAGAACCCCUGUUUCACCAGAACGCAUUUGCGCUCUUGACUGCGAUCGUCUUCUUUCACAGCGUUUACGGUAUGGAAAUCAAUCUCCGACCGGCCUGGAAGGUCAAGAAGGGCGCGUGCACGAGUGCCAAUGACGAUGCGGAGCGCGUCAGAAUGGAUCGUCGCGACCGGCGGAUCCUACGAAUCAUGUGGGGGAGGAUGAUCCCCGUGGGACUUGGGUCUUUUGCAUUGGGCUUCUUGAUUUGGAAUUUGGAUAGGGCUUUUUGCUCUACGAUCCGAGGCUGGCGAAGAGAGAUUGGUUUGCCGUGGGGGAUAUUGCUCGAGGGUCAUGGCUGGUGGCAUAUAUUUACCGGAAUCGCUCAGUACUUCAACCUUACAUGGAGUAUAUGGCUUCGAUACUGCUUUGACGGUAAACAGGACGAAGUGGAAUUGGUAUGGCCUGCUACGUUUGCCUCUAUGCCGUCAGUGGAAAAGGUCAAGGCCGGUCCGAAAAAGCGAGCAUGA